AUAGACCAAAAAGUCCGACAGAAAUAAUGCAAAUCCUUUCGCAUUUCUCCUCUAAGGCCUCACUCUCUUUACUUCCCCUUCCUCGCCUCUCUCUCUCCACCGCCCUCUACUUCCGCCGUCGCCCUUCAAAAUUUCAAUUUUGCCCCUCCAAGCACUUUCAAUUUCCCAGGUUGCCCCACCUCGUAUGCAACCUCAGCUCCGGCACCAGCCAGCAAGUUCCCAUGGACUCACCCCCACCGGAGGCCACCUUGUCGGUCGACUCCCUAACGCACGAUUUGCAGAAUCAGAGCUUGACCUCCGACGGCCACGAUCAAGUGAAUAAUAAAAGUGAAAAUAAUGGUGUAAAUAACACUCACGCGGUUAGGUUGAAGCUUGAAGAUCUGAAUUGGGACAACUCGUUUGUAAGAGAGUUGCCUGGUGAUCCCCGGACUGAUACGAUUCCACGAGAGGUGUUGCAUGCUUGUUAUACGAAAGUAUCCCCGUCAGCUGAAGUUGAGAAUCCUCAGCUCGUUGCCUGGUCAGAAUCAGUUUCCAAGUUGCUUGAAUUGGAUCCUGAUGAAUUUGGAAGGCCAGAUUUCCCUCUUUUAUUCUCUGGGGCAUCUCCUCUAGUGGGAUCGUUGCCCUACGCUCAAUGCUAUGGUGGACAUCAAUUCGGAAUGUGGGCUGGACAGUUGGGAGAUGGUCGGGCUAUUGCUCUUGGGGAGGUUCUUAAUUCUAAAUCUGAACGGUGGGAACUGCAGCUUAAAGGUGCUGGGAAGACUCCUUACAGUCGGUUUGCAGAUGGCCUUGCUGUGCUUCGUAGUAGCGUUCGGGAAUUCCUUUGCAGUGAAGCGAUGCAUAAUCUUGGAAUUCCAACAACUCGAGCUCUCUGUCUUGUGACAACAGGAAAACAUGUCACACGCGACAUGUUCUAUGAUGGCAAUCCGAAAGAGGAACCUGGUGCAAUUGUUUGCAGGGUUUCUCCAUCCUUUCUGCGUUUUGGAUCAUACCAAAUACAUGCCUCCAGAGAAAAAGAGGACCUUGCAAUUGUUCGAACUCUUGCAGACUAUGCCAUUAGGCAUCACUUUCCUCACAUAGAGAACAUGAGUAGAAGUGAGAGUUUAUCUUUCAACACAGGAAACGAAGAACAUUCAGUUGUUGAUCUGACAUCUAACAAAUAUGCAGCUUGGGCAGUAGAGGUUGCUGAGCGCACUGCUUCCUUGGUUGCCAAAUGGCAGGGGGUUGGUUUUACUCAUGGUGUGUUGAACACUGACAAUAUGAGCAUUUUGGGUCUUACCAUUGAUUACGGUCCUUUUGGUUUUCUGGAUGCAUUUGAUCCAAGUUACACUCCGAAUACCACGGAUCUUCCUGGGAGGAGGUAUUGUUUUGCAAAUCAGCCUGAUAUUGGCUUAUGGAAUAUUGCACAAUUCACUAGAACUCUGUCAGCUGCCCAGUUGAUAGAUGAUAAGGAAGCAAAUUAUGCAAUGGAAAGAUAUGGAACCAGAUUCAUGGAUGACUAUCAAGCUAUAAUGACCAAGAAACUUGGUCUUCCCAAGUACAUCAAACAGCUGAUCAGUAAACUUUUAAAUAAUAUGGCUGUCGACAAAGUGGAUUACACAAAUUUUUUUCGGUUGCUAUCCAAUAUCAAAGCUGAUCCCAGCAUUCCAGAAGAGGAGUUGUUGAACCCACUAAAGGCUGUUCUAUUAGAUAUUGGGCAGGAGCGGAAGGAGGCAUGGAUCAGCUGGGUGAAAAUCUAUAUAGAGGAGCUGGCCGCUAGCGGCAUCCCAGAUGAGGAGAGGAAGGCAUCAAUGAAUGCAGUGAACCCUAAGUAUAUUCUCAGAAACUAUUUAUGCCAGAGUGCCAUUGAUGCGGCUGAACAAGGUGAUUUUGGAGAGGUUCAGAGGGUGCUUAAAGUAAUGGAACGGCCAUAUGAUGAGCAACCGGGAAUGGAAAAAUACGCUCGCUUGCCCCCAGCGUGGGCUUAUAGGCCUGGAGUUUGCAUGCUUUCAUGCUCUUCAUGAUUUGUUUAUGCAAACAAACAUAAUGUUAUAUAGAUGGCAAAAAGAGAUUUUUGUUUCCUUGACAGUUUAUCUUUGGGCAUAGUAAGUUGUCGUAUAUAAUAGUCAAAUUCAAUUUUUUUUUUCUCUUUUCUUUUUCCUCUGACAAUGAAAUAAAGUGGCAAUGUUGUAUGAUUCUUGUUUUCUAUUCAA